UGUGGGCGGGGCGCUCGAUUUCCUUCUGGGAGGAGCGACAGCCUCUGACACGUACGAAUGCCUCAAUAAUUUGCAGGAAGGUGAUACAGUUACAGGAAAGGAAUACGUCCCAUGCAUUUAAGUUAGCAACCGAAACGCUUUCUUGAUGUGCGCUACUCUGCUCAGAAAGUCCCGCUUACAGGAGGUGUGCACAGCGCCAGUAGUCGGAGUACAAUGAGGUUUUCUAUGUUGAUCGGUCUGUUAAGGCCGAUCGGCCCGGUUAUUAUCGGGAUCUCUCUGGGAUUUACUCUGAGUUUGCUGAGUGUGAGCUGGGUAGAGGAGAGCUGUGAUAUUAAUACCAUAGCAGAUGAAGCAAUCAUUUUAUCCCAGGAUGGAAGUCUGAAAGGAGCUCGGAGACCCAACUCUAUUUCCACUGGGAAUGAUGGUGAAGAGGAGGAGGAUUUCCAGCCGAGAGUAAUCCCAUAUAAACCAGUCAAACAGUCUCAGCCCAAGAAACUUUUCAGGGCAAAAUACAUCAGCACAGAGCUGGGAAUUCGAGAGCGUCUUUUCGUGGGAAUACUCACCUCCAAAAACACCAUCAACACUCUAGGUGUGGCCGUCAACCGCACCAUCAGCCAUCAUCUGGACAAUGUUGUGUUCUUCACUGGUACACGAAGCCGCAAGAUACCCCACGGGAUGGUCGUGGUCACCCACGGCGAUGAACGCCUCAUCUGGAACAUGUUCCAGACCAUCAAGUACAUUCUAGAACACUACAUCACAGAGUACGACUGGUUCUACCUCGCCCAGGACGACACGUACACUCAAGCAGAUCGUAUCAGGGCUCUGGUGGAGCACUUGAGUAUGGACCGAGUGCUGUAUAUGGGAAGCCCUGAAGAGUUCAUCGGAGGUGAUAUGCAGGGGCGGUAUUGCUAUGGGGGUUUUGGAUACCUGCUAUCCCGCAGUCUUCUGCUAAGGCUCCAGCCCUUCAUAGAAAACUGCAGGAACGAUAUUCUCAGCGCCAGACAUGACGAGUGGCUUGGGCGAUGCAUCAUUGACUAUGCUGAUACCAACUGCGUGGAAGAAUUUGAGGGGCAGAAGUAUUAUUAUUAUGAAAUGGGAAAAAAUUCUGACCCCAGUAAGGAAGAUAAUGUGCAGUUUAUGAAUGCAUUGACCGUCCACCCAGUGUCUGAUCCAGAGCAGAUGUACAGACUUCACAAACACUUCACUGAGAUCGAGCUGCAGAAAACAUAUGAGGAAAUCAGAAAACUGCAGGCAGAAAUAAAAAAUGUGAGCGUGGUGGCUUUCGAGGGCAACCGUAGUGCCUUGUGGCCAGUUGGAAUCAAUCCACCCUUUGAGCCAAAGACACGUUUUGAGGUCCUGCGGUGGGAUUACUUCACCGAGGAUCAGGUGUACUCCUGCAUCGAUGGCUCUCCGAAAUGCGAGCUCCAUGGAAUCGAUAAACUGGAUGUAGCUGAUGUCAUUGAAACGGCUAUGGGUGAGCUGAACAAGAAGUACAAGCCCGUUCUGCACCUGAAGAAGCAGCAACUUAUUAACGGAUACAGGCACUUCGACCCCACCAGAGGGAUGGAGUACACCCUGGACCUCCAGCUGGAGGUGGUUAACCAGAAAGGACACAGUCGCUCCAUCACCAAGAGGGUCCACCUGGUGAGGCCUCUCAGUCAUAUUGAAAUCAUCCCCAUGCCUUAUGUUACAGAAGCAACUCGAGUCCAUAUCAUCCUCCCCGUCACUCUUCAAGACCGAGAGCAAGUUCAGCAGUUUUUGCAAGUGUACGCCACAAACGCGUUUGAAACCAGUGAGAAUGCCAUCUUGACCUUUCUCUUUAUCUACAAUACAGUUGAGGCCCAACAAGUCAACCAGAAUGACAUCUUCGCCAGCGUCAAAGCGCAAAUCGGUGCUUACGAGCACCGGUAUCCAACGGUUAAAAUCCCCUGGAUCAGCGUUAAAAGUGAAAGUCCCUCUCAAAUCAAAUUCAUGGACAUCAUCUCCAAGAAGCACCCUGUUGACACGUUGUUCUUCAUCUCCACUGUGAAAACCAGCAUCAACUCGGAGUUCCUCAAUCGCUGUCGGAUGAACUCCAUCAACAACUGGCAGGUGUUUUUUCCCAUCCAUUUCCAAUACUACAAUCCCGACAUUGCUUAUCAUAACCAGCCUUUUCCCAAUAUGAUGGAUUUGGUCAAAGAGUCCGGCCACUUUGAUCGCAGCUCCUUCACCGAAGCAUGUUUCUACAACUCGGACUACAUGGCGACUCGGACACGCAUGUCUUCAGAUGUCCAGGAAAACGAGGAGAUCCUGGAGAACCUGGAUAUAUAUGACAUGUUCGUUAAAUACUCUGGCCUUCAUGUUUUCCGAGCAGUGGAGCCAGCCCUGCAUCAGAAAUACAGCUACCAGCCGUGUAAUCCUCGUCUUAGUGAAGAUAUCUACCAGAGGUGCAUGCAGAGCACUCUGGACAGCCUCGGAUCACGCUCUCAGCUCGCCAUGGUGCUGUUUGAACAGGAACAAGGCAACAGUACUUAAAAACCAAACCUAGAAGAUCUUAAGAUAACUGAGAGUUGAUUAAGGUUUUUUUUUUUUGUCCAUUGGGCUGAUGCUUUACUAGUAGCCCGUCUGUGGAAUCACAGUGCCGGCAGUCAAAAAUGCUGUGGGUACCGAAAGAAAGACUAAAAACAUUUGAAAUCUAUUUAAAAAUAGCCGAUUUUUGUGACAACAGGGGAUUUAUGAUUUGCUAUCUUUCUCUUUGGAGCAGAUUGAUUUAUGUUGGCUCUUAGAGCGAGCAGCUGUUAGCUGUUGAAAUGAUCACUACCGUAACAUAUCUAAAUCGCUGUGCCUUCAAAAA